AUGAGACAGGCUGAGGUGAUCUGGGCGGAUGUCCGCCCUCGCUGGGGCUUCAGGGCUUCCCCUGGCGUGCUGGGCUCGUUCAUGCCGACGGCAGCCAAUGGGCGCCUGCGACCACCCACCAGCGCCAGCCACGCGUCAGGGGUCCCGCUGAAGGCCUGCCCAGGUGGCCACUGCGCCCCACCACAUGCGACCCAGGCAGCCUGGGCGCCGGUACCUGAGCAGUUGCGGGUGCCCACACCCACUCACAAGGUAUCCCGGAAAGGUUCCUGGAGUGAGUCGGGGCCAUCUGGCCGCUGCCCUUCCCUCGCUGCUGUGCGCUCCUCCGCUCGUCCUCCUCAUCUCCCUGAAGGUCGCCAGCCCAUCGCAGCCGCCUCCGCCCUCCUCCUCCCAUCAACCACCACUCUCGCCAGUGUCGGUUGUCAAUCGCCCUCUUCAGCCCGCAGCCUCACCGUCCUCUUCGACCGCACGACCGCUUUUGCUCCCGCCUGCUCUCGCGCACCGUCCUCUUCGAUCCGGCCCCAAUUCGCUCUCGACCUUCGCCUGCACCGGUCUUACUUUCGUUCAUUCUUACGCCUCUCACCCACCGUCUCUCGUUGA